UAAAUAAACAAGAAACUUGGUCGAGGAAGAAGAUUGGUAAAGCAGAAUCCCUAAUUCAUCAGCGAGACGCAGGAGCAAGAUGAUGAAGCACACGCAAAAGAUUGUCGCAAAGUACUGUGGAAGAGCGUAUUCAACCAUGGCAUCUUCCCCACUGUCCUCGAGCGUCAAGCAUGGGUGGAAGGAGCAGGACGGCUUGGUUCUUGCUGUGGCAUUUCUGGGCGGAUAUUUUGGCCAUGCUUGCAGAAAUCUUUACAAGAGAAGAGAGCAUUUGCACAAAGUAGACGGAAUGUACAAGGAGCACGUCAAGCGUACGAUGGAGCUGUAUGAUAGAUCUGUCCGAUAUCGUAAUGCAAUUACGCUGUUUUUGCUCGAGGAGGGUAAAUCCAGGCCCUGAACAAUUCAGUCCUUGCCGGCAUCUUCUUGUUUUGUGGUGUUCUAUGUUCUGCCCCAAAUCCAAUGUUAUUUUGGACUAUGUAUUUGUGUAAUGCUUUUAUGGGUUUGUUGUUAAGUACUCUUGUUAAUGGAGUUGCAGUAUCUAUGUAUGGAUCUUAUCUAUUAAUGGUUUUGUAAUUUGUUGUUUACACAUAGCGUUUCAUUUUUAUAUUCGCUGCUGAAAGGCCAUGAUUGGUUAAGAUAGUGGUUUCUGUGCCUUGCUUGGAUGACUUCAUUUUGCA